CCCAUGUACCCGCCACAAGCACACGUGCAACCAAUGUACGGCGUUCAGUACGAGGGUGGCGCGGGCGGCGUGGCGGCGGGCGCGGGGGGGUGGCCGCAGCCCUAUGACGUCACCGUCACGCGCAACGAAGGCGAGGGCUUCGGCUUCGUCGUCAUCUCCUCCACCAACAAGGCGACUAGCACCAUCGGCCAGCUGAUACCUCUGUCGCCAGCGGCGCGGUGUGGAGCCCUGCGCGUGGGUGACACCAUCGUUGCCAUCAAUGGACAGCCUGUGCGGAACCUGGCGCAUCCCGAGGUGGUCGCUCUAAUCAAGCGUUCCGGCGCUAGCGUGACGCUCACGGUGCUGCCCGCCGACGCGCCACAGGACUGACGGCAGCUUUACCAUCGCCCACCACCGGGGAUGCAAGUGCCCUUCACUCCAGUGAGGUUGGUCACUCGCAGCACAUCUCGAUGGAGCCUCGCCUCCAACUCUUGCAAUGAUUUGUUUUAGAUCAGUUUAGUCUGUACAUCAUUUGCAGCUGUUACCAUCAAAUAUCCACAAAAUAAUAUAUUGGGUCCAAAUGCGUUGUCUCCCAUUCCUUAAAAUUAUAUAGAGGUUAUAUAAUGUCCCCACAAUCAACCACAAAAAAUACAUUAAUUUUUCACCGUAUGUAUAGUAGCCACUAUCUAUUUGGGUGUAAAAUGUGUAUAGUGUACCUCUACCCGAUUAUCAGUACUUAAUAUUUACAUUACUAUAGCUAUUGCCAAUGGUUUUAACGCCUUGAAGUUACACGUAAGCUGAAUAAAAGCAACCUACGACAAAAAGGUGAAGAGAUAAAAGCGGGUAAAGAAGCAAACUUCAGGGCUUUUAGUACACCCAACACAUAUUUGACUUCGUUGUAAAUGACGUGGAUAUUCCAAACUUCGCUCAGUAACCGUCCUCCAUUGUGUAAAGCAAGAAGACAUAGCUUUAAUAAUACAAUCAUAUUGUAAGUAAUUUUAAUUAAGGUAUAUGUUAACCGCUUCUAAGCGGUGUAAGCCAGUACAUUGUUACAUAAUGUCGGAAGAAAGUACGUUUUAUACUGACUGAAGUAAGUUUCGAUUCAAGUUGAAGUCAAGGAGUGUAAAAUACAGUUAAGUUGUACUUAAAGUUGAAGUACUUAUCAGUUAGGGUCACGUGUAAACUCGUUGAGGGCUGGAUAGACUAUUUUUGAUGGUAAAUAUAAUUACCGAAACGCUCUUACAAUACAGGUCAUGUCACAGCGUAGCAUAAGUGCUCAUACGCCUUCGAAAUGUCACCAUUCUAAAGUUGACGAAAUCGAUUAUAUUUGACUAAAAUUUAUCAGUUGUAAAUUUUGAAAAUUCUCGAAUAAAGUAAAUAUUAUUUAAAAAAAAACUACAUUUGUCUUUGGAGUAAAGUAAGAUAGGUGAUAUAUUUUAGUUCGAACUUUAUUUAGGGAUCCUUGUGAAGGUAAUUUUGCUCAUUGUGUGGAUUGUUGAAAAUAUUUAAGGCUGAAUUAUCGAUAUAAUUAUGACAGCUAAGUAUUUUUAUAAGCAUUGUUGUUACUGUUAAUCAUAGGCGUAAUAGGAAUGUUUUGGUAAUAUUUACCACAUUUUUUAUUAUUAUACCCAAGUUAAAUCACCCGUGGUGUAGAAGUGGUUAAUUUUAGGAAUGCCAUAGACUCUUACAUAAAAAUACUUGGUGUUCUUGCACACCGCUUAUAAACAACAAGAUGUAUCAACUUUAACGUGUGAAUUGUAUUUAAACUUGACAAUGAAACGGAGUCGCAAUUAAGAGUAUAAAUUCAAGAAAACAAAUCGGUAUAGGGUAUAUAUGUAACAGCAAUUAGAAAAAUAGAAAUCCCUCUGUGAAAGCAGCAUUAAAAUUUGAUAAGAAAUGAGGCAGUAAUUCAAAUUUCAAAUAUUGCAACGUGCAGGAGUGGGCGUGAAGUGGGGAUAUCGAUCCAUCUCUUUCUUUCACACGUAUCGUAAUGCCCACUGACGUCACAUGCAAGUAUUUCGUCCCUUUUCUUAUUUUUGACACGUCUACUACCUAAUUUAAAUGGCUUAUAACUUGCAGAUUUUUCACGAGAUUUCAAUGAUUUAUCUGUUUUACAAUUUAUACCACAUGCAUAUUUUGUAAAAAUUAUAAAUAAAUAAGUCAAAUACCCAAUCCAUAUUUUAUGACUCAUAAUAUAUAAGCUCAAGUGUGCUAAUACUUCCAGAAACAGUAAAACGUCCCGUCCUGUAAAACCAAAUUCGGUAGCUAUUUUAAACCUUGAUAACAAUUGAUUUUAGUAGUAAAAAUAUUAGAUAACAAUUAGGUUUAUGGAAAUAUUCUUCCUUCGUAUUUGUAAAUAGUAUCUUCCAAGUAAGUUAAUAGGUAAGAAUGUAAUUGAUGCUACUUAAUACUGUUAUCAAAUAAUCGUGUACAUAAUAUUUUUAUGUCAUUCCAAAAUUGAAGAUAUAGUCGUCAAUUUCUGAUAGUAACAUUACUAUAAAGAAUUUUAUUGAUUUAUGUUUGAUAAAGUCAAGGAAUGAAAGGCCAUAAAUGAUGAAUUAUACAGCAAUUUGAUGUAUAAAUGUGGUUGAUGGAUUUACUUGUUGUGAAGUUAAUCCAAUGAUUAAAGAAGAUUGAUAUUUUUAAUAUCGAUUAUACUAAUCGAUUUUUGAUGCAAGUAAAAUAAAUGCUAUAAAACACUUUAUAUCAAGUUAUCGCUUUCAUGUCUCGAAUAUCACAAAAUAAUCGAUUCAAAGCUCGAUUAAUCAUGAUCGAUUAUUCUUUUUAUAAAUUGUGUCACAUAAAAUGUAGGUGAUAUUGACUGAAAAGGAAUCUUAUUUAUUUAUAGUUGAAUGUUUUAAGCUUUUCUAGUUGGGACCACCGAGAUUAUACGAUCACUAGUUUUACACAUUUGACGUUAAAAAAUUUAAUCUAUUAUUAAGAUAGUGUUUUUUCUGCGGCGUCACUUGCCAAGACUUGAUAAUGUAUUCUAAUAAUGGUAUGUAAUUUUAAGUAGAUCCAGUUGUUAAAAUAAUAUAAUAAUUAUAAAGAAAUUGAUAAUAUUCCUUGUAUAACAAAGAACUUCCAUGUCUAUAUUUUAGCCCAAACUCGUCCAAUUAUAAAAUAUAUUUACUCCAAUCAUUGUUAUUGUGUAUAGAUGUAGUAAUAAUUUGAAAUUGUAUUAAUUAGUCAUAAUAGCCUUAUUCGUAAAUUUUAUUAGCAAAGUUAAUCGUUUAUCUCAUUCGAAUGACUUCAAGAAUCUAUUCGAAUUGUAAUAUUAUCGAUACUUUGAAACAAGCAUUACGGAAAAAGACUCAUUAACUUCCUCAUCAAGAUCAGCAGCAUAUAAACAAACUAUUUUAUCUCUCUUACUCUUAGCUGAACUAGAAAGAGACAAAACAUUUGCUAAUAAAUAUUUAUGAAUAAGCGAAGAAAAUUGCAAUGUAUAAGUGCCUUUUGUGAACAGUCGUGCCGCACCUUAUAUUUAUGUACUCGAUCACCCAAAGAUGUUAUAUCGACCGGAUUUUAAUAUAGACUUUAGCGCCUUAGUUUAAGACCUAGGUUUUAGACAGUUUUAGUUAGCUGUGAGUACCUUUUGAGCAUAUAUAUAUAUUAAUUGUAAUUAUAUUUCCAAUUUAGUUUUUCACUAAGGAACCUGAUAAACGUUCUAAGCCUGUUUAUGAAUUUGUGAAUCUCACGUUUAUAGUAAUAACCC